AUGGACCCUUACUUCCUCUUGGGCCUCUUCAAGGAACACGCCUAUGAUGAGGUGUACCACCUUGGCGCCCAGAGCCAUGUUGAGACAUCUUUCAAAGUGCAGCUGUACACAUGUGAUGUUAAUGCCAUGGGGACUAUGCGCCUCAUACAAACAAUCUUGACGUUGGGAUUGGAAAAAAGCACCAAAUUUUAUAAUGCAUGCUCAUCCGAGACGUUCGGCCAGACGAAGAAUUGCUACCAGAACGAAGCAACCCUUCUUGCCCCUGUAUCUCCCUACGCAGCGGCAAAGGCCUCUACCCAUUGA